AUGGCGCUCUCCGUGGAGAAGACCUCGUCGGGGAGGGAGUUCAAGGUGAAGGACCUCUCCCAGGCGGACUUCGGCCGCCUCGAGAUCGAGCUCGCCGAGGUCGAGAUGCCGGGGCUCAUGGCGUGCCGCGCCGAGUUCGGCCCCUCCCAGCCGUUCAAGGGCGCCCGGAUCUCCGGGUCCCUCCACAUGACCAUCCAGACCGCCGUCCUCAUCGAGACCCUCACCGCCCUUGGCGCCGAGGUCCGCUGGUGCUCCUGCAACAUCUUCUCCACGCAGGACCACGCCGCCGCCGCCAUCGCCAGGGACUCCGCCGCCGUGUUCGCCUGGAAGGGGGAGACCCUCGAGGAGUACUGGUGGUGCACCGAGCGCUGCCUCGACUGGGGCGUCGGCGGCGGCCCCGACCUCAUCGUCGACGACGGCGGCGACGCCACGCUGCUCAUCCACGAGGGCGUCAAGGCCGAGGAGGAGUUCGAGAAGUCAGGCAAGGUCCCCGACCCGGAGUCCACCGACAACGCCGAGUUCAAGAUCGUGCUCACCAUCAUCCGCGACGGCCUCAAGUCCGACCCCAGCAAGUACCGCAAGAUGAAGGAGAGGCUCGUCGGAGUCUCCGAGGAGACCACCACCGGUGUCAAGAGGCUCUACCAGAUGCAGGAGACCGGCGCCCUCCUCUUCCCCGCCAUCAACGUCAACGACUCCGUCACCAAGAGCAAGUUUGACAACCUGUAUGGUUGCCGCCACUCUCUCCCUGAUGGUCUCAUGAGGGCUACCGAUGUUAUGAUCGCUGGCAAGGUUGCCGUGGUCUGCGGUUAUGGUGAUGUUGGCAAGGGCUGUGCUGCUGCUCUCAAGCAGGCUGGUGCCCGUGUCAUUGUUACUGAGAUUGACCCCAUCUGUGCCCUCCAGGCCCUUAUGGAGGGUCUCCAGGUCCUCACCUUGGAGGAUGUUGUCUCGGAGGCUGACAUCUUUGUGACCACCACUGGCAACAAGGACAUCAUAAUGGUUGACCACAUGAGGAAGAUGAAGAACAAUGCCAUCGUUUGCAACAUUGGUCACUUUGACAAUGAGAUUGACAUGCUCGGCCUUGAGACCUACCCUGGUGUCAAGCGCAUCACCAUCAAGCCUCAGACCGACCGCUGGGUCUUCCCUGAGACCAACACUGGCAUCAUUGUCCUUGCUGAGGGUCGUCUCAUGAACCUUGGGUGCGCUACUGGCCACCCCAGUUUUGUCAUGUCCUGCUCAUUCACUAACCAGGUCAUUGCUCAGCUUGAGCUGUGGAAGGAGAAGAGCACUGGCAAGUACGAGAAGAAGGUGUACGUUCUUCCCAAGCACCUCGACGAGAAGGUGGCCGCCCUCCACUUGGGCAAGCUUGGUGCCAGGCUGACCAAGCUCUCCAAGUCGCAGGCUGACUACAUCAGCGUUCCAGUUGAGGGUCCCUACAAGCCCGCGCACUACCGGUACUAGGCUGCCCAGCACGACUAGCGGCUGUGGCAUGAGAAGUGUCAACUUGAAGUUCGCCAUGACGACUCUGGAGUAUCCUGCUUUGUUUUCAUCAUCUUAUAUGCCGUCACUUAGGAGGAUUUGUUGUGGGGUUUAUGGUUUGAGACUGGUGAAGGGGAGGAAUGGGAAGCCGUUUGCUUUUGCCCAGAAAUAAUGGCGUAAUUGGGUGGAGUUGGGGAGGUGUGCUUUGGCAGAUACAGUUUUGUCUUGUUGACUCUACUUAUCUGAUAUCAUUUGCAAGCGUUUUGAUAAAAAUCAUGCGUCAUUUAUGAAUAAUAUUCUUGCCUUUAAAGAUA